UAAUUAUUAGCAACUGAUACAGAUCUCGCUCGUUCUCCACCAGGUUCAUAUGAACAAAAUUGGCCACCAGCAAAUCAAAAAGAAUUCUCACAAACAGAUAAACCACCAUUUUUACCACCACAUCUACUUAAUAUCAUUCUUAAUAAAGAUACAGCAGCACAUUAUGAACCAGCUUUAUUACCAGAACCAAAUCAUGUCAUGUUAAAACAUCUUUAUGCAUUAUCCAUUCGUGACGGAGUUAUGGUACUAAGUACAACAACACGUUACAGACAUAAAUUUGUUACAACAUGCUUCUAUAAACCGACAAGCAAAUAA